UCUUAAAAGUUUAUUAGUUGCUAUUUUUUCUACAACCAUCUGAUAAUUUUUCUUCCCUUGCCACAGAAUUUCCCGACAUCAAGAUAGUAUGCCGCAAAGCACAGACAGUUACAUUCCUUUUCGUCUCGUUGGUUUCCCUCGCUUUCUUCCAAUUCUUGUUCUACCCAUUUUGCCCCACUUCCCUCCUUCCCCGCAUGGACUCGAAGUCAGCGACUUUGAACCAGCGGAAUCCGAGCAAUACAAGUCAAAGAAUACCAUCCUCCCUCUUCUCUUGUUCUGUCGUCGCACAAAAAAGAAUAGGAAAAAGAAAAUAGAGGGAGAGAAAGAGAGAAGAAAUGAGACACCCAUGAAUAAAAAUUGUUUAUGAGCUCGAGAGACUUUGUUUUGAGGAGGAGGGAAGAUAUAAAUCAUCCCAUGGGAAUUUGCUGGGGAGUUCCUGACUACCCAACUCCUAGCUUCACUGGUCAUCUUAGACCCGGAGGACCUGUUCUGACUAUAAGCAGUUCAUCGUCUUCUGAGGAUGGCCUGAGCAGGAGUUUGGGAGGGAGGUCGAAUGAGUCUAUUCCAAAUAUUUAUGUUGCUCCCACUUCAGAAAUUAGGGUCUUUAGUUUUGCAGAGCUAAAAGUUGCAGCAAGAAACUUCAGAGCUAAAACAUUGGUCGGCGUGGGUGGUUUUGGUAGAGUCUACAAAGGCUACCUUGUUGAGAAGGAGUCUUCCUGGAGGAAUGGAAUGACUCCAGUUGCCAUCAAAAGGUUGAACCCAGAGGGCAUGCAAGGAUUCAAAGAAUGGGAGUCGGAGGUGAAGUUCCUGGGCAGCUUAUCUCAUCCAAACAUUGUCAGACUACUGGGAUAUUGUCUGGAGGAUAAAGAACUACUUCUUGUCUAUGAGUUCAUGCGAAAGGGUACCCUAAAGAAUCACCUCUUUCGAAGAGGCUGGAAUCCACUUCCAUGGGCCACGCGGCUUAAAAUUGCAAUAGGAGCAGCCAGAGGUCUCGCAUUCUUGCAUCAGUUAGAGAGGCAAAUAAUCUGCAGAGAUUUCAAGCCCUCAAACAUAUUACUGGACUCAUCCUAUAAUGCCAAAAUAUCAGAUUUUGGGUUGGCAAGAAAGGGUCCAGAUGAAGGCAGAUCACAUGUGUCAACACAGGUUAUUGGAACUUUGGGCUAUGCAGCACCCGAGUACAUGGCCACAGGUCAUUUGUAUGUAAAGAGCGAUGUCUAUAGCUUUGGGGUUGUACUGGUUGAGCUUUUGACGGGAUUGCGAGCAUAUGAUGCAAAUCGUCCAAGUGAUCAGCUGAUUUUGGUGGAGUGGGUCAAGCCUCAUCUUUCUCAAGGGAACUUGACAGGAAUCAUGGACUCUCGGCUGGAAGGGCAAUACCCUCUGAAGGAUGCUCUUGACGUAGCCGCACUCGCAUUCCAAUGUCUUGAAAUUUCGCCCAAUCAUCGGCCAUCAAUGGACGAAGUCGUGAAAACACUGGAAAAAUUUAGUUGCAGCUAAUAGAAAACACUGGUGCUUAGACAAUUGAUCCCAGCUCAGCGAACUUUCUCAGGCAUGGUCGCAUUCUUUAUUCAUCACCUCCUCUCACUGCAGAUUCAUCGUCUCUACUCUAUAUAAAAUGUAAAUGCUGUUUGCCCAGACAACUACUUUUCUCCUGCAAUUUUGGGAUUUAGAUUUUGUAAAGCAGUAUAGGUUAUCAAUAUCACUGUCGUAAUGCUAGGAGUCGGCUCUGAUACUAUUUAUAUUAUUCUUUGGGGGUAAGGGAGGUUUGGCGGUCACUGUAGUGAGUCCAAGGUCCUCAGGUUGAGCGUUUCGGAUAUUUCCGGACCAUCCGGACCAUCCAGACGAGGCAUUGGGUUAAUUCUUGGGGAAAACGUACUCCUUUUCUCGAUAUGUACUGGGCCAUGGCAUUUCUUUGACAUACUCACUUUCAAUAAUUGCUUUCUGCUAGUGGUGAUACUAGGAGCAGGAUA